GAACCAAGUCAAACGUUUUACUUGACGUUCAACCCAAUCAAUCCAUUAGCUGAACACUCUCCAUAAAAUAAAAUUUCUUUAUGGAACAUAGCUGCUUCCAACGUUGAAUUAAUUGUGUGCUGCUAAAACAAAAAACCCCAAUCCCUCUUCGUCUCCGAGCAUAAUCAACAUUCAUUCAUGGGUUACGAAAACGAUCCGUACGUAGACGAGGACGGAGAGGCGUUGGUGGACUUUGACGAGGGUGGACAGUCCGAUCACGAAUCCCAGGAAAACGUUCUUGAUGACAAUCUUGAGGAUGAUGGAUGGGACCAGCCGGAGCGCGAACGCUCCCAGAGCCCGGUUUAUGAAGAAGAUGAUUACAAAUCCAAGCCACGGAAGAGGUUGAUUAAGAAGUCUAGUGGGAAGGAGACCGCUCCAGAUCUUGGGUUUGAGGAUGAAGAUGUCUACGAUGAUGGCGUCCAGGAGGCAGUAAGGGAUGUAUCUGAUGGCGAUGAGUCCUCCUAUUCUGGCACUGGGAAGAGGAGGCGAGUUGAGGAGAGCAGUGGGGAGAAAAGAAAAGGGAAGAAUAGGAGGGAGAAAGGUGAGAAAAAGUUUAAACUAAGGAAGAGUGGAGGGCUUUCCAAUGCAGGCAAGAGGGGCAAUGAGGGUGAUCAGGAGCUCAAGGAGUUGUGGGACACUGUUGCAGGUGGCGAUUCUGAGGAUGACCAAGAUGGUGCUAAGACAGUUGAUGAUGAUAACUUCAUUGAUGAUAGUGGUGUAGAUCCGGCUGACAGGUAUGGAAGUGAUCAUGAACGGCAUUCCCCUGGAAGAUAUCCACAGGCUGAAGAAGGUGAGGAGGAUGAUGAAAUAAAGGAUCUAUUCAAGGUGGGGAAGAAAAAGAAGAAAAGUGAAAAAAGUGCUCAUGAAAUUUCACUAUUAGUUGAAAAUGUAAUGGCUGAACUAGAAGUUGUUGCCGAGGAAGAUGCUGAGUUGAAUAGACAGUCCAAACCUGCUAUCAAUAAACUUAAAAAACUGCCUCUUCUUACUGAUGUCCUGUCGAAGAAACAACUUCAGCAAGAAUUUUUAGACCAUGGAGUGUUGACACUUCUUAAGAAUUGGCUUGAGCCUCUACCAGAUGGAAGCCUGCCCAACAUAAAUAUUCGUGCAGCAAUCUUAAAGAUCUUAACAGAUUAUCCAAUUGAUUUAGAACAGUAUGAUAGAAAGGAACAGCUGAAAAAGAGUGGUCUUGGAAAGGUGAUAAUGUUUCUUUCGAAGUCGGAUGAAGAGACCACGGGUAACCGGAAGCUUGCAAAGGACUUGGUUGAUAAAUGGAGUCGACCCAUAUUCAAUAAGAGCACAAGGUUUGAAGACAUGAAGAACUUUGAAGAAGAGAGGUCUCCUUACAGGAGGCCACCAGUGAAAAAGCCAGUGAAUAAAGCUUCUGGAAUGCAAUCUAGGGAUGAUGACCUUGAUUUGGCUGGAUUUUCACAGGGGCAGAAGUCUGGCCAGUCAUCUGCCCGGAGGCAACUUACUUCCAGACCUGAAGCCAUGUUAAUGGAUUUUGUGGUCCGUCCUCAAUCAAAAAUUGAUCCUGAUGAAGUUAGGGCCAGGGCAAAACAAGUAGUGCAAGACCAGCGCCGACUCAAGAUGAAUAAGAAAUUGCAGCAACUAAAAGCACCAAAAAAGAAGUCUCUCCAAGCUUCAAAAAUCAGCGUGGAGGGUCGUGGAAUGAUCAAGUAUCUGUAAUGCAUCUGCUGUUAUGUACACCAGGUGGUGGUUCAUGUGCUGCUGGGAGGAGACACUGACUGACAAAGUAAAAUGUCAGCCAUGAAAACAAUAAAUGUUUGGAGUUGUGAUUUCAACAUCCCAAAAUGUCACCGACCUUUCAGCUUGCUUUAUUAUUUUUAGAAGAUACAGGCAGGCUGCCAUUAUUUGUCCAUGUGAUGAUGUAUUAUAGGUUUCAGUUUUACACAUUUUCUCAAACGUGUGCUAAUGAUUAUGAUUGAUGUUUGUCUUGUUUUAUUGCGGAAAACUACUUCAAUCUGUUCUGGUUAAAGAUAUAUCGUUGAAAAUGUGAGAAAUGUGUGUUAAAAUGAAUAUGAUUGAUGUUAGUCUUGUAUUAUAUUUUUACAUACAAAUACACAAGUACUAUGUAAUACUUCGUAUAUACCCAGUAAUAUUUGUACUA